GAAAUGGCAUUAUGGCGUAAAACAAAUAAUCCUGAUCUUGAAGAAGAGUCUCUAAAGAAGACUGUACCAGAAGAAAUUGAAGCUCGUAUACCUGCGGAUCUGGAAGACCGGCUUAAUAAAGUCAACAAACAAUUAAACGAGUCAAUCGAACAUUAUCGUAGUAUGUGUAAUAUAAUGGAGCGUCUUGCUCGUCGACAUGAAGCAAAUGGCUUGGCGGAGGUAUCAUCACAUAUUCAGAGAGCCAGUACUAUUAUCGAAGAAGAGGCGAAUUCAACUAUUGAAAAUGUACUGGAAAAUUUGAAAAGUCAUCGGGAUUUAUUAGUUUCGUUCCGGGAAACCUUUGAACGAAGGAAUCGAUUAGCAAUGGAUGAUACCAUUGAUGCACUCGAAACUCGGAUAUCAACCAAUACCGCAAAAUUAUCGGACAAAGGUGAUCCCGAAACUGAACGACUAUCGGCUGUUAUUCAAAAGGAUCAAGUUGAUGUUGAUCUGCAGAGAAGACGUAAAAUUUUUAUUCGACAUUGUUUCAAUGCCGAGCUUUCAUUAUUACACAAAAGUUCUGCAUUUGUUUCGCUUCUUUAUCAAAACUUCGCACAUGAACAAAUCAAAUACUCGCAACAAUUGUACGAAAAUUGGAAACUUCUGAGCCCUAAAGUUUUUGAGAUGCCUAUUCAAAUCAUCGAUUUUGGCUAG